AUGAUUGCCUUUUCGCUUGGUGCUGUCUUACUUCUCCUCUUCUCACAUCAUGUCUCUGUGUCGAAAGCAGACCAAAAUGUUGAAGAUAGAAGGUUAACUAGCAGUAUGCCUGGCUGGUUCGCAUCAGUUUGGCGAUUUCUUACAUAUUUCCUCAAUAUUAUGUGUUUAUCAAGCAAAAUGUGUAUAUCAAGCAAAAUGUGGGAUUUCAUCGAUGAUAAAAUUCAGGCAGGAUUUCUGAGUGGAUAA